AUGAUUGGCGGGACUUUGCCGCCCAUGCAAAUGCUUGUUGAACGUCUGAAUGCAACGAUGAAGUGGAUCCAUCCAUCUAUCAAAUUAUGCGCACAAGAUACAACUAUGCUCCCUGUACGAUCAGAUGUAUCGGGCAAUGUAUUUCGCCAACUGCCACUCAACUUGAGCAAUGCAUGGCUGACUGAUAUCAUAUCCUUUCAAACAUCCAAACAACCUGGAAAUGACUUCGUUGUCGUUUGCGUGAAUUCCAUGUACCAACCAAGCGCAGAACGCCAGAAAAAGCUGCAAGAUUCAGGACACUUGAGCUGGAUUCUUGGGAAAUGGACUUUGGACUUGAUUUGUCUGAUCAACGGAGCCAUGCUGAUGACCGGUAUGGUGUGUGGGAUUUUGACAGCCGACCUUUGGGCUUUUACCUUGUUCUUUUUAUACAGCAGUCAUUGGUUCGCCUCGGUGCUGAUUUCCUUCACUUCUAUGGUCAAGAUACACAAACCAGAUCAAAUUAAAGACGACAUGCGGGAUAGAUAUGCGGUGUAUGAACGCGAUGAGGGGGGCACUGUGAUAUUCAAGGGACCACAAAAGGAGCUCGAGGAAUGGGCCCGUUCCACUUGGGAAUAUGACCGAACUUGGGUGAAGGAUUCUCUGCACUGGUUCUGGACCUUGACGGGGACAUUCUCUGGCAUAUCUUCGGUUGCAUGUAUGGUGAAUAUGAAAGGCGCCCUGCAAUUGGCCUUUUUGGGUGUUCUGGUAUACUCCUCGUUGGCUGAGAUUGGGGCGACUAGGAUUGCGCGUCAUCUGCAAACCAAGGCCCAUGGCGAUAUUUUCGCGGAUCCAGUCUUGAAUAACAAAACCCGAAGCCUGGCAAUUAUCCGUGCAACGUUGCAAAUUACCCCGGAAUGCCGUCUUCAAGGUCUGAAUUGGGUCAAAAUGGGACUGCUUCCUCCGAUGUCGGUCUUUGAAAAGAUGCAAGAAUUGCUGAAAGCGAUUUCAGAUAUCGAUCAAACCAAAGAAAAUCUUCGAGACAAGGUGAAAGAAGAAUGUGAAAAAUUUCUGAACAACGUGGAUCCCUCAGAGCACAUGUUGGCUAAGAGAAUAGUUGAUGAGGUGAUGGACACCAUGGGGUUCUUCAAACGUAUAUAA